AUGAUAAAACGAAUUUCAAAUCGGAAGUGGAAUAAAAUAUUGAAAGCCCAAAGGGAAUAUGUAAAUAAUUUAUUUAUGAAAAGGAUCCAUACCAUAAAAUAUAAGAAAAUAAAUAAAAAGGCAACAUUCAAAAUACAUAUUAUUCUUAAAAAACAUUCUACGAUUUAUUCUCAGUGUUAUAAUUUAUUUAAUAAGAAUCUAGUUUUUGAAAACUCCAGUUUUAUUAAUAGUAAAAAAUAUAGUAGACUAGUUAAUCAAAAAAGGUUACCACUUGCACAUGCCAACAAAUGGAAUACUAACCUUACUCAAGUAACAUAUAAGAAAGAAAAAAUGUACAAGGAAAAUGAGCAUAAUAAUAUUGGGAAAGGUAAAUAUAAAACCCAUAAUAAAUAUUUUUUUGAAACUCAAUUUCAUGAACCCAAUGUGCCGAAAAUGCCUUUGCCGAUACCCCAAAGACUUCCUAUAUUUCCAAAUCUAAUUAUAUAUCCAUUUAUAAAACUGUUUAAUUUUUCCAAAAAAAAAAGAACUAAUUCCGGUUCCAUGCUCUCAAAAAACAUAAUGCGAAAAACAGAUAAAACUAAUUUUGAAAUACAAAAAAAAAUAGAAUAUAUACAAAACAGUAAUAAAAAAAAUAAUAAUUCUAUAAAAGUGUCCAAUAAUAUUUCAAAAAAUGAGUAUAACAUAGAAAAAGACAAAAAUAAAUAUAAUAAAAUUUGUACUAAAAAUAUUGAAGAAAACCUCAAAAAAAGUUAUAUAAAUCGUAAUAUAUAUCACUAUGAUUACUCAAAAAAUAGUAAGAAUGCAAAUAGGGUGUAUCAAAAUGAGCAAGUCGAUUAUGGAAAUGAUAAUAAAACCAAUGACGAAUCUCAUCAUAUAGUGAACAAUAUAUCUUCAUUUAGUCAAAACAAAUACAAUAUAAAAAUAAGUAACAAAAAAGUAAAGAGAAAAUAUGACGACAUCCAUAUUAAAAAUAUGGUACUAAAAAAGGAAAAAACAUGGGACAAAUAUAUUAUAGAUGAUAUAAUACCAUUAACAGAAUCUAUCCCUAUGCAUAUUUUCCGCAAUUGUAAAUUUACUAAGUACUAUUAUUUAUAUAUUCAAAAAUAUGCACAAAUUUAUAAAAAUAAAAUCAACUACACAAAUAAAACAACUCAGCAUGUAUUAAAUUUCAAACCCAAUAAAAAGCUAAAAAUAUGUCCUCAGGGCUACAACACUCCGAUAAUGAUAAUAGAUAAGAUUAAUACAAAACAAGGUGCUCGAAAAAAAAGAAAAAAUAAUAAAAUCAUUUCAACUUAUUCAAAAAAAUAUUGUUAUAAAAACAUAGAUAAAUAUAAUAAAACCGUAAAAAUACCAACAUGUUAUAGCGGAAAAUAUAUUUUGUAUAAAAAAAUAAACCCAUAUGUCUUUUCGCGUCUAAACAGUUUCUCCACUAUAUCCAACAGUCGAAACCCUAAUUGGAAUCAAAAAAUUAAUUUCAGAAUACAAAAAAAGAAGAAAUCUGCUCUCGUAAAAGACGAAAAAAAACAAUUAAGUAAAAAAAUUAUAACCCCUUUAAAAGGGAAAAUAAAAAAUCCCCCAAAGAUUCAUAAUGGCCAUUUGGAAAAGAAAAAUCUUAAUAAGCAAAUACUAGAAGAUCAAAAAAAAAAAAAAUUCAUUAUUAAUAAAAAAAAAAUUAAUCACUUCUACAAUAUUGAUAAUACAUCUUGUAGAUAUCAAUCGAAUAAAAAAAUGAAAAUCUGCGAAAUAAAAAAAAAACGUAAUUUACAAAAACCAAAAAUAACAAAGAAGGACAAAUGUAUAAAUUCUAAAUGUCUCAUGAACAAUGAAAUCAGUUUAUAUAACUAUUGUUCCACUGAAAUGUCAACUAAAAAAACAAAUAACCGAAUAGGAAAAAAUAAUAUACACCCACUAACUAGCUCAUUCAAUAACAAAUUUGAAAGCACCCGAAUAAAUACUGAACCCCCAUUUUGCAAAAUAAAGAAGGAAGUAAAAGCCUCUUCAAAACAACCAAGCAAAAUAAAGAGUAUUAAUAAGAUAAAAAAUGAUCACACAAAAAAUAAUGUAUCAUCUAGUAUUCAAAAUAAAAAUGCAAACUACAAUGAUAAUAUCAAUAUAAAUCUACAACAAAGCUCAACCAAACAUAUUGGUAGCAUAAUUAAGAAAAAAUCAAUUCAAACAAAACGAAAUAAAUCAAAUACUAGAAUUGGCGAUCACAUAACUCAAACAAAUAAAAUGGAAGAUAAAAAUGGGAAAAAGGAAGUAUAUAAAUUGAAGGAAAGGAAUACAAAUAAUUUUAUUACCUCUAUACAUAAAAAUGGAAACAAUAGAAAAACAAUUGAUCAAUUGAAUUGUUAUAAAAAAAAUGAAAUUAACUCGAAAAUUCUGAACCUAAACAUAGAAAGGUGUAAAGAUAUAAUAAAAGACCCUACUAACUCAAAUACUACAACUAAUAAUUACCUCAAAAAAAAAUAUAUAAAAAGUAACAGUGUAAAAACUGAAUAUGCUAGUUCAAUAUCUUCACCAAUAAGUAAUUAUAGUGAAGGCAUUAGCCGAAUAAGAGAAAAUGACACAAAUAAUAAAUUAUUAGAAAUAGACAAAGAUAAAAUAAUAAGCCAAGAAAGUAUGCUUUAUGGACUAAUAAAUAAUAACGAUAAUAAAAAUCGAUUAAAAAAAUUUAUUGAAGACUCUGAAAAAAACGAAAAUCAAAUAAAACAAAGUAAGUAUAAAAUUGGAAACAAUAAUGAUCCCUCUUUUUUUUCUCAUAAAAAUAAUGUAACAAAUAAUUUUUCAAUUACUCAUUGUAAAAGCAAGAUAAAAAAUGUUCUACCAAACAAAACAAGCUUUAUUGAAAAAAAUAUUAAUUGUUGGAACAAAACAAAAAAAACACACACCACAAAUUUACCAGAAAUAAAUACAUCAAAUUUAAUGUCUUCUACCAAAAUAAAAAGUGAAGAAAGUCUUCUUUAUGAGCUUAUAAAUUCAAAUGAUAAUAAAAGUAAGUUAAAACAAAUUAUCGAAAAUUCAGAAAAAGUUAAAGAAGACAAUGAAUUAGAUAAAUACCAUGAACUUAUUUAUCCCAUAAAGAAUAUGUCACAAGAAAAUAGACACAUUCUUAUGCAAGAAGACGAAACAAAACACCUUCACAACGACACUAAUAUAAUAAUUGAAACAGAGCAUAUUCAAAAAAACACUGAAAUAAAACGAACAGGAAUUGUUUACCCAUAUAAUAAUCUCCAAAAAACAACAGAUCACAAAGUAACUCAGAAAGAUCAUAUUAGUCAUCAUGAGAAUCUUCUUUAUCAAUUAAUAAACAAAAGUAGCAAUCGAAUUAAGCUUCGAAAUUUUAUUCAAGAAGAUAUAAAAUAUGAACAACCUAAAAAUCAGCAUAUAAUAAAAAACAAUAUCAAUACUACACCACCCAUAAAAUAUACUCCUAUAAAUAAUACGCAAACUAUUCAAAACAAUGAGUUGCAUGAUCAAAGUUCUGGAAAUGUAGAGUUAAACAAAAAUAUGCCAAAAGAGAAAAACGUGACAAAAGAUACUGUCUCCAAAAAAUAUAUAAAUUAUGAAAAAUCGUCUAAAUAUUCUAUGAAAAAGCCAAUAAAAUGUGAAAAAGAAUCAUUAAAUUUAGCAAAAAAACAAAUAUGUUAUAAAAAUCUUAUUACACAUAAAUAUCUACAUUCUCAAUCCAAUUAUUCUAUUAAAAAAUCGACCAUCAAAACAGAUAACAAAUAUAAAAUUAGGAAUAAUAAUAAUAGCAGUAAAGAUGAUAAAAAAAUCAAAUUUCUUAAUUCUCAAAAUGGAAAUAAAACAACAUCAAAAGGCAUUGACACAAAAAAUGUGCAGAAUUUAAAAAAGUAUAAAUAUAUAAAAGCCAAAAUAGAAACAAUAAAAACAGAAAUGAACAAAAUCGAGAGAGAUAAAAACAUAAAGGCAGAUGAUUAUAAAAAAAAAACUCUUUUACUUCAAAGUAAUCUUAAAAAUGGCGACGAAAAUAUUAAGAGAAAACCUAUAGAACCGAGAAAGCAAAAAUCAAGCAUAUCGACUUAUCACAAAUUCAAUGAUAAUAAAAAAGACAAUAUUUUGAAAAAAAAAUACCAAUUUUUAAAUAAAAAUGAAAUAAAUAAGAAAAAUAUGAAUCCAAAAAAUUUGAACAAAAAAUGUUUUAAAUCACAACAUUUCAAUAUACAAAAAAAAUAUCCAAAUGGAAUUAAAUCAUCUACAAAAUACAGCCGACCUACUAAUAUAUAUGAAAAGAAUAGUUAUCAAAGCACAAAAUGCUCUUUAUUAAUAAGCAAAAGAAGUUUUUCUAAAAAACAAAAGAUAAACAAUGAUACAUCAAAUGAAGUAACCAAACAAGGGAAUAUUAUAGAGACUAUGCUAGAAGUAAUUACCAUGACUGAUAGAAAUAAUAGCAAUAAUAAUUGUCCUAAUAUGGACAAAGGAAUAAAAAUAAAUAAUGAUUACAAUAAAAAUGAAGAUAGACAAAAAAUUAAAUAUUUCGAACAAAUUCAUAACGAAAUUAAAAACAAAGUAAUAAACACAGAAAUACGAAAAAAAGCAGAAAAUAGAAAAAUAAUAAUCAAAAAAAAAUAUUUCACUAUAUUAAGGAAUAAUAGUAAUCAUAAUAAUAUGAAAAGGAUUGUUGAGAAAAUUCAAAAAGAAAAAAAUAAACCAAAUUUUACCGCAUUCAUUGAGUUAACACCUCAAACGAAACCAACUAAAAUAUUUAAUAAAAAAAUAAUCACGAUUAAAAAUGAGUAUAUAGUGCCAACUCUUAUAUUGCAUAUAAGCGAACAAAAAAGAAAUAAAAAAAUGAAUAACUCACUAAAGCCAAGUUUAGACAAGAUAGAAUUAUCGUUUAACCCACUAAAUAAAAAUAUAGUAAUGCAUAGGCAAGAGUAUUAUAUAAGCAUAACAAUUAACUAUUGCACCAUACCAAGAUAUAUAGAAAAUAAAAUAACAAUAUUUAAAUGGUUUACCAAAAAUAUUAUCAAUAAAAUGGAUAGAACAGACGAUAGAAUUGUUCAUAUAUGCGGACUAUAUAAAAAAAUAAACAAAUCAAAAAAAAGUCUUAUCAUAAAUGGAGCAUCCAAAGAUAACGAAAACACGGCAUGCCGAAAAUUGCAAAUAGAAGAUAUUCAAAUUAAAGGAAUAAAUAAAAUAGGAAAAAAAAAUAGUUCACUUAUAUUCGACAUUUAUAAAGGGAAAUGUAUUAACAGAAAUGAGAAAAUUAUCUUCUAUUUUUCGAAAAAUCAAAAAUAUGAGAACCUUCUUCAAUUUAAAUCGGAAAGAAAAAACCAAAUAAAUAAAAACAUAAUGAUUAUACCAAAUGAAAAUAUAAUAUAUACCUUUAAAGUAACAAUUUUGGUCACUACUAUUUUUAGAACUUAUGUGUGCACCGUUUUAUUCAUUAAAAAUAUAUCAGACACCUCAAAAUAUACUAGUAACACAAUAUACAUACUAACAAAAAACAUAAAUUCUUUAUGCAAUACUAAAAAACAGGUAAUACCACUCAUCAACGAUGAAAUAAAAAAUAAAAUAACUCUUAUAAACAAAAUUAAUAAUAGCCCAAAACUUCUCAAAAUCGACAACAAUAUUGUCGAAAAAAGCGAAGAAAAAAACAGAAUAUUACCAUUAAAAUGCCUUCCAAAUAAUUAUAUGAAAGACACAGAAAAGGAAAAUCCCAAAAUAAAAAUGAUACAAGAUAUUUCUAAAAAAGUAGAAAAAAUAAAACCAAAGGAAAACCAAAAUAACGAUAUAGAAAAAGAAAUACUAGCCAUAAAACAUUUAAUUAAAGAAGUAUUAGACGAAAUCAAAAAUGGAAUUAUAAAAGAUUCAAAUAUAGAGAAAAAAAAGAAACGUGUAAGAAGUAAGAGGAAAUUGUUAUAUAGAAAAGAAUUUGUCAAAAAUAUUUUAAACAAAAAUAGAAAAUUUAUAAAACCCAAAUUAAUGAAUGAAAAACAUAAGCCUAUAGAAAUAUUGCAAAAAAUAAAAAAAUUAAACAAAAUACACACAAAAAAAACCAACAUCUAUGCCCCAUUAAAAAAUAUAGAAGAAGAAAGUUCAAUAGAAAUUACUCAAAAUAAUGAACAAGGCAAAUUCGCGAUAGAAAAUUUUGAAGAUUCUAUAUGCAUGAAUAAUAGAGACUUAUUAUCUGAUAAUACUUUAGAAAACCAGACAGAAGAAAAUAAAUAUGCAAUUCAAAUUGACACAUCAAAUGAUAUAUUAACUAUAAAAGAUAAGGAAAAUAAUGAUAGUACAUGCAUAAUAGUAAAAAAUGAUGAAAUCAAUAUUCCUCACUGUAAUACGAUACCCGUAAAAAAUUGUGAAGAAAUAAAAAAAGAAAUAAACAAACUUAUUGAUAUGGUAAAUGAAUUAAAAAAGGAAUAUAUGAAUGAAAUGAUAAACCAAGGAUUUAAUCAAAAAAUAAAAGAGAAUAUUACCAUUAUUGAACAAUUAGAAAAUAUUAACCUCGAAAAUACAAAUGAAAUAAUUGCUAAAAAGUUUGAACAUGAGUUAGAUAAAAUAGAAGAAGAGAAUCAACCCCCUACUAAAAUAUUGGAACUAAAAAAUUCACAGUUAGACAAUUUAAAAGAAAAUGAAAAUCCACAAAUUAGUGAUGAAACGAACUAUGAAAUUAUGAUGUUAGAAAACCCUAAAGUAAAUCAGGAAAAAAUUAAGAUACUCCCAAAUAACCAUCGUAGUAAUGAACCCAAUGAACGAAUUUCAAAAAAAAUACCCAAAAUUAAAUUCCAAAAAAAAAAAAAAAGUAUUAAAAAAAUGAAAAUAAAAUUUAAAAUAAUGGAUAUCAUACAUGAAGAAAAUCCCACAAACUUUGAAAUAAAAAAAAAUCACACAGAAAAUAUUAAACAAAUUUUAAAGGAUAUAUUAACUGUGGAAACGAUUCAAAACAUUUUAAAGGAAACUAAAGACCAAUGUUUUGAAGAAAACAAAAAUGAACCAAUGCCAAAUGAUCAACCACCAAUUAUUGAAAAUGCAAAGGUGGUGAAUUAUGCAGAAACGCAGGAAACCUUCCUAAAAGAUACAUCAACAAGUAACCUAUCUUACGAAAAAAAUGAACAAGUAUAUAUAUCAAAUCCUAGCAUAAUAAAAAAAAAAUCUAAAAACAUCAAUGAUACAAAAAAUGGAAUGACAGAAACAAUGAAAAAACUUCUAAGCAGGAAACGUGUAACCCUUAAUGAAAGUUUAGCCAAAAAAAGACAAAUUUUCAAUGCCCAAAAAGAUGAAAAUAAACGUUUAACUGAUGACUUUUUGUUUUCUUGUUCAUAA